GUCAGGUAGAAGAGGCCAUAAAACCACCUGAUCGAGGAAGAGCAAGGCACCGCGGACCUCAGGGGGAGCCCUCAGCCGCCGGGCGCCGGGCAGCGACCCCUGCAGCGGCGACGGCGCGGCGCGGCCCGGCCAUGCGUGAGCUCUGGCUGAGCGGCUGCCUCUGCCUCUCGCUGCUCCUGCCUGCAGCCCGGGCCACCUCCAGGAGGGAAGUCUGUGAUUGCAACGGGAAGUCCAGGCAGUGUAUCUUUGAUCAGGAACUUCACCAACAGACAGGCAAUGGAUUCCGCUGCCUCAACUGCAACGACAACACUGAUGGCGCUCACUGCGAGAGGUGCCGGGAAGGCUUUUACCGGCACAGAGAGAGAGACCGCUGUUUGCCCUGCAACUGUAACUCCAAAGGUUCUCUUAGUGCUCGAUGUGACAACUCUGGACGGUGCAGCUGUAAACCGGGUGUGACAGGGGACAGGUGUGACCGAUGUCUGCCAGGCUUCCACACACUCACUGAUGCUGGGUGCACCCAAGACCAGAGACCCCUAGAAUCCAAGUGUGACUGUGAUCCAGCUGGCAUUGCGGGGCCCUGUGAUGCAGGCCGCUGUGUCUGCAAGCCAGCUGUCAACGGAGAACGCUGUGAUAGGUGUCGACCAGGUUACUAUCAUCUGGAUGCGGGGAACCCUGAGGGGUGCACCCAGUGUUUCUGCUAUGGGCAUUCCGCCAGCUGCCACAGCUCUGCAGACUAUAGUGUCCACAAGAUCACCUCCACCUUCCAUCAAGAUGUUGAUGGCUGGAAGGCUGUCCAUAGAAAUGGGUCUCCCGCAAGGCUCCAGUGGUCACAGCGCCAUCGGGACGUGUUUAGCUCAGCCCGACGAUCGGACCCUGUCUAUUUUGUGGCUCCUGCCAAAUUUCUUGGGAAUCAACAGGUGAGCUAUGGGCAAAGCCUGUCUUUUGACUACCGUGUGGACAGGGGAGGCAGACACCCAUCUCCCCAUGACGUGAUCCUGGAAGGUGCUGGUCUACGGAUUACAGCUCCCUUGAUGCCACUUAGCAAGACACUGCCUUGUGGGAUCACCAAGACUUACACGUUCAGACUAAAUGAACAUCCAAGCAGUAAUUGGAGCCCCCAGCUGAGUUAUUUUGAAUAUCGAAGGUUAAUGCGGAACCUCACAGCCCUCCGGAUCCGAGCCACGUAUGGAGAAUACAGUACUGGGUACAUUGACAAUGUGACCCUGGUUUCAGCCCGCCCUGUCUCUGGAGCCCCAGCACCCUGGGUUGAACAAUGUGUAUGUCCUGUUGGGUACAAGGGGCAGUUCUGCCAGGACUGUGCUUCCGGCUAUAAAAGAGAUGCAGUGAGACUGGGGCCCUUUGGCACCUGUAUUCCAUGUAACUGCCAAGGGGGAGGGGCCUGCGAUCCAGACACAGGAGAUUGUUAUUCAGGGGAUGAGAACCCUGACAUCGAGUGCGCCGACUGCCCCAUUGGUUUCUACAAUGAUCCACAUGACCCCCGCAGCUGCAAGCCAUGCCCCUGUCACAAUGGGUUCAGCUGCUCAGUGAUGCCCGAGACAGAGGAGGUGGUGUGCAGCAACUGCCCCCCUGGGGUCACUGGUGCCCGCUGCGAGCUCUGUGCUGAUGGCUACUUUGGGGACCGGUUUGGGGAACGUGGCCCAGUGAGGCCUUGUCAGCCCUGUCAGUGUAACAACAAUGUGGACCCCAGCGCCUCUGGGAACUGUGACCGGCUGACAGGCAGGUGUUUGAAGUGCAUCCACAACACAGCCGGUGUCUACUGUGACCAGUGCAAAGCAGGCUACUUUGGGGACCCGCUGGCUCCCACCCCAGAAGACAAGUGUCGAGCUUGCAACUGCAACCCCAUGGGCUCAGAGGCUGUAGAGUGUCGAAGUGAUGGCAGCUGUGUUUGCAAGCCAGGAUUUGGUGGCCUCAACUGUGAGCACGCAGCUCUAACCAGCUGCCCAGCUUGCUACAAUCAAGUGAAGAUUCAGAUGGAUCAGUUUAUGCAGCAGCUUCAGAGCCUGGAGGCCCUGAUUUCAAAGGCUCAAGGUGGUGGUGGAGAGGUACCCAACACAGAGCUGGAAGGCAGGAUGCAGCAGGCUGAGCAGGCCCUGUGGGACAUUCUGAGAGAAGCCCAGAUUUCAGAAGGUGCUAGUAGAUCCCUCAGUCUCCAGUUGGCCAAGAUGAGAGGCCAAGAGAAUAGCUACCGGAACCGCCUCGAUGACCUCAAGAUGAUUGUGGAAAGAAUUCGGACCCUGGGCAGUCAGUAUCAGAAUCGAGUUCAGGAUACUCGGAGGCUCAUCACUCAGAUGCGCCUGAGCCUGGCGGAAAGCGAAGCUUCCCUGCGAAACACUAACAUUCCUCCCUCAGAGCAGUACAUCGGGCCAAAUGGUUUUAAAAGUCUGGCUCAGGAGGCCACGAGAUUGGCAGACAGCCAUGUUGAGUCAGCCAGUACCAUGGAGCAACUGGCGAGGGAAACUGAGGACUACACCAAACAAGCACUGUCGCUGGCACGCAAGGCUCUGAGUGACGCAGGCCAAAGCGGCAGCCCGGACCACGCUGCGGUGCAAGGACUUAUGGGAAAAUUGGAGAAAACCAAGUCGCUGGCCCAGCAGUUGUCAAGGGAGGCCACUCAGACUGGCCUUGAAGCAGAUAGAUCUUACCAGCACAGUCUUCGUCUUCUGGACUCAGUGUCCCGGCUUCAGGGAAUCAAUGACAAAUCCUUUCAGGUGGAAGCGAAGAGGAUCAGACAGAAAGCUGAUUCUCUCUCCAGCCUGGUGACCAGACAUAUGGAUGAGUUCAAGCGCGUGCAAAGCAAUCUGGGAAACUGGGAAGAAGAAACCCAGAAGCUCUUACAGAAUGGAAAGAAUGGGAGACAGAAAUCAGAUCAGCUGCUUUCCCGUGCCAACCUUGCUAAAAGUAGAGCCGAAGAAGCACUAAGUAUGGGCAAUGCCACUUUUUACGAAGUUGAGAACAUCCUAAAGAACCUCAGAGAGUUUGACCUGCAGGUUGGAGACAGAAAAGCAGAAGCUGAAGAGGCCAUGAAGAGACUCUCCUACAUCAGCCAGAAGGUAGCAGACGCCAGUGACAAGACCAAGCAAGCAGAAGCGGCCCUGGGGAGUGCUGCUGCUGACGCCCAGCGGGCAAAGAAUGCAGCAAGGGAGGCCCUGGAGAUCUCCAGCAAGAUAGAGCAGGAGAUAGGGAGUCAGAACUUGGAAGCCAAUGCAACAGCAGAUGGAGCCUUGGCCAUGGAAAAGGGACUGGCCACUCUGAAGAGUGAGAUGAGAGAAGUGGAAGGGGAGCUGGCAAGGAAGGAGCUGGAGUUUGACAUGGACACGAACGCAGUGCAGAUGGUAAUUACAGAAGCCCAGAACGUAGAUACCAGGGCCAAGAAUGCUGGAGUCAGCAUCCAAGACACACUCAAUGCAUUGGAUGGCAUCCUGCACCUCAUAGACCAGCCUGGCAGUGUGAAUGAAGAGGGGCUGAUCUCAUUGGAACAGAAGCUUUCCCGAGCCAAGACACAGAUCAACAGCCAGCUGCGGCCCUUGAUGUCAGAGCUGGAAGACAGGGCACGUUGGCAGAGGGGCCACCUCCAUUUUCUGGAGACGAGCAUAGAUGGCAUUCUGGCUGAUGUGAAGAACCUGGAGAACAUUAGGGACAACCUGCCCCCAGGCUGCUAUAAUACCCAGGCUCUUGAGCAACAGUGAAGCCGCCAUAGAGAUUUCUCAACCGCGGUUCUUGGAAUGCAGACCUCAGGGCUCAGGAGCCAUCACGUGGGUGGGGGCGGGGUGGGAGCACUGGAGCAUGUUCAAUGGCAGUGCUCAAGUCAACUGAACCUGACCCCGUCCCUGAGACCAUGGACAAGGGGUGUGUCUUAUCGCACCAGCGUGAUACUAUUUGCUUCCUGACACUGGGCAAUGAGGCAAAUAGCACUGGGUGUGAGACUGAUCCAGGCCCUGGACUCCAAAGACUAGAGACUGGAUGGAAGGACAAACUGCAUGGACAGAUGUUCGCCUCAGAAUAGCAUUAACUGAGUCUGGAAAUAUGGACAAGUGCUACUGGGUUAUAGUCAGCUUAUUCUCUGAGUAAUGUGUUGCAAGAAAACAUUGUUGACUUUUGCCAGGCAUAAAAUUCUUUCUAAUGUCAGAACAGAGAGUGAAAUCCAGUUACGCCGUGGCCAGUAAAAUACUAUUGCCGUGUACUGUCUUCUGCGAGCUUCUUGUUGCUCAGGGUUCCUCCACUUACGCCCAACACCUGAACUCGCACUCCACUUUCAAGCUGGGAGAAGUGAGCGGUGGUGGAGCUGGAAGGCUGGCCCAUUUGGAGCCAUGGUGCCUGUGGGUGCCCUGUCACCUUCAAGUUCUGGGCCUGGGGGUGGCAUCCUUUCUCCUGAUGAUGCCACGGCAACUUAGAGACAGCAGUUUUAUUACAGUGUUUUCUACCAGCAAAGCAAACAUUGGGACGGUAUUUACUUUGGGGUUUCAAAGUGAUAGAAAAAUGUAGUUUGGGAAUUGAAAGAGGUGAAAUUAUCUUUAUUUAUUAAUCCUAAUUCAAUUCCACUUUUCAAACACUGAAAAUUAUAUGCAUCUAUGUAGUUUAUUUUAUAUUCACUCUCUCUCUCUCUAUUCCCACUAGCAGAGAAUGUUCCUACUCACACUUGAGCUAGGUAGAAUUCAUCCUUCCAUCCAUCCUUCCGAUAUAUAUUUAUUGAGUACCUACUGUGUGCCAUGGGCUGGUGGUACAGAGUUAACAUAGUCUCUGCCCUCUUAGAGUUGAUUAUCUGGUGAGGAAGACAAACAUUUUUCAAAGAUAAAUUUAAACUUACAAAUCUUAUUCAUCACAGGUGGUGUUUAUUGCAAUAACCCCUUGAUUUGCAGCCUUUUUUCUCAACAGAACAUAUGUUCCAAGACACUCCCAUGGGGGCACUUGAGCUUUGGGAAAGCUGAGAUAGCUCUGGGUUGUGCACACUUCUUUCCAUUCCAGCUGUCACUCCGCCCCUUUCCACCACUGAUCGCAACAGAAUGUUGAGUCAUGAUAACACCAGUGGGAAUUGCUGGAGGAACCAGAGGCACUUCCACCUCAGCUCGGAAGACUUUUGUGCUGCCUCGAUUCUGUAUUUCCUUGGCUUUCCGUGGGCAUUUUAAAUAAAGAACCCUUCUUAGAUGCCUGGGGUUAGUUUCUCAUUUACUAAACUCGAAGCCUAAGGUGGAAGUACCAAAGCAAUGACAAUGAAAAUGCCACAGAAACGGCAGUAGGUCCUAGAGUUAGCAUCUUCAAUUGCUGUCCCUGAGGGUCUUAUUUUACCUUUUCCAACCAUGAGAGCACUAUGAGAUUUAACUAAUGCUGUCUUGUAAGCAUGAAGAAGAUUUAUUUCUGAAACAAACCGAGAUGGAUAGGGGUUUUAAUUAAUAUUCUUGUCUUUUUUCAUCAGCUAUAAAAUACACGUACAAUCAAGUUUAUGGUACGUUUGUCACACUUUUUAAAAAUAUCUUUAUUUUAUUAUGAGCAUAUUCAUUCUUACAAAUCAUGAUAUUUCUUUACGCCCUUUGCCCAACCUAUCACUUCCCACAUCCACUCCUUCCCUCCCCCCCAUCUCCAGUAUCCUUAGGUCUGUUCUCUCCUUCUGAAAGUUCAGCGUAUCAUUGUGGUCUUUUCUUUCUUUCCUUCCUUCAUUCCUUGUCAUGAUUUUUAAUAAACUGAAAUUUAAUAAAUGAAGUUCCUAAAUUGGCCAUCUGUGCAAGUGGCUGAAGAAAGGCUUCUGCUUCUGUCCGCACUGACCCCCGACAUUCUGAUAGGUCCCUUCUCUGCGCUUCGUCUUCUGUGGGAGUGCGUUCAUUGUCCUGUCUUGGAUUUCUCAAUCACAUAGCCUACAAAUCUCUUGCCGUGAUUAAUGACUGGUGCCCAGAAAAUGUAUGUGUAUUAGAGUAGAAUAACUGCCAUAUCACAAAAACCUAAAAGUAUGCAAUAACUCAAACACAGUAGACAUGGUUUUUCUUGAUCCCAUAACAGACUGAGUAGGGAACAAGAUGCCCUCCACACAGUCAUUUCAGAGGCCCUGUGGCUUACAACAUGUGACUUCUAAGGUUGCCUCUGUGGGCGAAGGAAGUUGUCUCCAUUCCAGCUGAGUGGAAAGGGAAAAGAACACGAAGGGAGAAGGGCCUCACAUUCCACGCUCCAAAACCCAGUAUUACGACCACAUCCA